UUCACCUUCAUUUUCUGGUAGCCCGUGGAGUUGGUUGGUGAAGCCUUCCACUGAGUCAAUUCAACAACUACCACGACGUUAAAAUUUUUCUUUUCUCCUUUUAAUCCCAAAAAUCAUUUCUCAUUUUAGAGAAACAGAAGAAACAAAUUCCUGUAAUCUUCGCUUCAGCAAAAGUUAGAGAGAGAUGGCACACGCUAGCAAAAUCUACAGUGGGACGCAAAAAACAUGUGUUUUACCCAAUGUCUCAAAAUCCCAGAAGCCUAAAUGUAUACCUUCGGUUUCCUUCAGAUCAAAUCUCAAAGGAAGCUUUUCAAGUUCUUGGGGUUUGGUUUUCAAGAGCAACGGUAAGUUGGGAACAAUUAAGGUUGGGCCUUUGCUGGUUUCUGCUUCAAUGGCAACAGCAGAGAAGCCAUCCAGUGCAUCAGAAAUCGUGCUUCAACCAAUUAAUGAAAUUUCGGGUACGGUUAAGUUACCCGGGUCCAAAUCACUGUCCAAUCGAAUUCUGCUUCUUGCUGCUCUAUCUGAGGGAACUACUGUGGUGGACAAUUUGUUGAACAGUGAUGAUGUUCAUCACAUGCUUGUUGCCUUGGGAAAACUUGGGCUACGUGUGGAACAUGACAGUGAACAGAAACGAGCCAUUGUGGAAGGUUGCGGUGGUCAAUUUCCAGUGGGGAAAGGGGAAGGUCAAGAAAUUGAGCUUUUCCUUGGGAAUGCAGGAACUGCAAUGCGACCACUUACUGCUGCUAUUACUGCUGCCGGUGGCAAUUCAAGCUACAUACUUGAUGGUGUGCCCCGAAUGAGAGAGAGACCAAUUGGGGACUUAGUAACUGGUCUUAAGCAGCUGGGUGCAGAUGUAGAUUGUACUCUUGGCACAAAUUGUCCCCCUGUUCUUAUAAAUGGAAAGGGUGGUCUUCCUGGGGGAAAGGUGAAACUUUCUGGUUCAAUCAGUAGUCAAUACUUGACUGCUUUACUCAUGGCAGCUCCUUUGGCUCUUGGGGAUGUGGAAAUUGAGAUAAUUGAUAAAUUGAUUUCAAUCCCAUAUGUUGAAAUGACUAUAAAGUUGAUGGAAAGGUUUGGGGUCAGUGUGGAGCACACUGGUAGUUGGGAUCGAUUCUAUAUCCGAGGACGUCAAAAGUACAAGUCUCCUGGAAAGGCUUAUGUUGAAGGUGAUGCUUCAAGUGCUAGUUACUUCCUUGCUGGUGCAGCAGUCACUGGUGGGACUGUCACAGUAGAAGGAUGUGGUACAAGUAGCUUACAGGGUGAUGUAAAAUUUGCUGAGGUUCUUGAGAAGAUGGGUGCCAAAGUCACCUGGACUGAGAACAGCGUCACUGUCACUGGGCCACCAAGAAAUUCCUCUGGGAAGAAACACUUGCGUGCCAUUGAUGUCAACAUGAACAAAAUGCCAGAUGUUGCCAUGACUCUCGCUGUUGUGGCACUUUAUGCUGAUGGUCCCACUGCCAUAAGAGAUGUGGCAAGUUGGAGGGUGAAAGAGACUGAAAGGAUGAUUGCUAUAUGCACUGAACUCAGGAAGCUUGGAGCAACAGUUGAAGAAGGACCAGAUUAUUGUGUGAUCACUCCACCAGAGAAAUUAAAUGUGACAGCAAUAGACACUUAUGAUGAUCACCGAAUGGCCAUGGCAUUCUCUCUUGCUGCCUGUGCAGAUGUUCCAGUUACCAUCAAUGAUCCUGGUUGCACACGGAAAACCUUCCCUGACUACUUUGAAGUUCUCGAGAAGGUUACAAAGCAUUGAGCAGCUCUUCUACUUUGUAAUACUGGAGAGAAAGAAGAGGAUGGGAGCAAGGUUCAUGCCACCAUUUCUAAAAUCAUAGAGUUUGAUCCUUAUUUUCUACCUAUAGUGAAAGAUGACUCGGUGUUUGAUCCUUGUCAUGAAGACUGUAAUACUAAACAAUAUAUAACUCAAUUGAGGAUUGAUUCUUUUUGCAAUUCCAAGUCAAUUAAUACUUAAAAGGGCUCACCUUUUGCCA